CUGACAUCGUGGUUGAUGCUUACUUGCUUUCAGACGUCGGUGAUCACUUCGUCGAUGUUCCUGACGGCAAUGGCGGCGAACCCGCUAAGUGCGAACUUGACUUUAAAUACGAUUAAGCAGACGAUUGGUUGGACUGAUUGGGCGGUUGCGGCGAUUGUUCCCGGCCUGGUUUCUUUGAUUGUUGUUCCGUUGCUGCUGUACUUUAUUUAUCCGCCGACGGUGAAGAGCAGCCCGGAUGCGCCAAAGCUAGCGAAGGAGAAAUUGGAUAAGAUGGGACCGAUGACUCAGAAUGAGAUUAUCAUGGCGGUGACGCUACUUGUAACGGUUGGCCUUUGGAUUUUCGGAGGCAUACUGAAUGUGGACGCUGUUACUGCUGCAAUUAUUGGCUUAACAAUUCUUCUUAUAACUGGGGUUGUUACAUGGAAGGAGUGUUUGGGUGAGGCGGUUGCAUGGGAUACUCUCACUUGGUUUGCUGCACUGAUCGCAAUGGCCAGUUAUCUUAACAAAUAUGGUCUUAUAUCUUGGUUUAGUCAGACUGUGGUUAAGUUUGUUGGCGGCUUGGGUCUCUCAUGGCAGCUAUCUUUCGGCAUAUUGGUGCUUCUCUACUUCUAUUCCCACUACUUCUUCGCCAGCGGCGCCGCGCACAUCGGUGCAAUGUUCACCGCUUUCUUGUCAGUAGCGAGCGCGCUCGGAACUCCUCCUCUCUUUGGGGCUAUGGUGCUCUCCUUCUUCUCGAAUCUCAUGGGCGGUCUCACCCAUUACGGCAUCGGUUCGGCACCGGUGUUCUAUGGUGCAAACUAUGUCCCUCUCUCCAAAUGGUGGGGCUAUGGAUUCCUCAUCUCUGUGGUCAAUAUCAUUAUAUGGCUUGGAAUUGGUGGAGUUUGGUGGAAGACCAUCGGUUUAUGGUGAGUUUGUCUAAUUCAAAUUUCCAUUUUGAUUCAAAUGUCGAUAUCACUGAUUGUUCUUUGAUUUCCAAUGUCAACUCUAGUAUCAGAUUAAUCUUCUUGGUUGACAUUUUGUUGUUUAA